AUGGGCAAAUCAGAGAUCAGAUAUGCUGCCAAAGUCGACUUGGAGAAGGAUGCUGCCUCUCAGCCUCAGCUUCAUAACCGCUGGCACCCCGAUAUCCCCUCAGCCGGCAAAAUCGCCGACGGCGAAGUGGUAAAAAUCGAGUGCGUAGACUGGACAGGCGGCCAGAUCAAAAACGACGAUUCAGCCGACGACGUCAAGAAUGUCGACCUGACCAAAAUCCAUUACCUCAGCGGUCCUUUUGAGAUCGAAAACGCAGAGCCUGGAGAUGUAUUGGUUGUGGAGAUUCAGGAUGUGCAACCCUUGCAAGACCAACCCUGGGGUUUCACGGGUAUUUUUGCAAAGGAGAAUGGAGGUGGAUUUUUGGAUGAGUUGUAUCCUGAUGCAUCAAAAGCCAUCUGGGACUUCGAAGGCAUCUUCUGCUCCUCCCGCCACAUCCCCCACGUCCGCUUCCCUGGCCUCAUCCACCCUGGUAUCCUCGGCUGCGCACCCUCCGCCGAGAUCCUCGCAGAAUGGAACCGCCGCGAAGGCCAACUGAUCUCCGAAUGCUCCCACAUGGCCCGCGACGUAGCCCAACCACCCAACCCCACCAACGUCCACGCCGGUGCUGCAGAUGACACCCUCACAAAAAGAGUCGGCGAAGAGGGAGCAAGAACCAUCCCCGGCAGGCCCGAACACGGCGGAAACUGCGACAUCAAAAACCUCUCUCGCGGCAGCAAGGUCUACCUCCCCGUCCACGUCCCCGGCGCCAAGUUCAGCGUAGGCGACCUGCACUUCUCCCAGGGCGACGGCGAAAUCUCCUUUUGCGGCGCCAUCGAAAUGGCCGGCGUCAUCACCAUAAAGUUUUCAGUCAUGAAAGAUGGCGUCAACCACUUGAGUCUGAAAUCCCCCAUCUACAUUCCUGGUGCCGUGGAGCCAAACUUUGGUCCUGGCAGACACAUCUACUUUGAGGGCUUUUCGGUGGAUUCGGAGGGCAAACAGCAUUAUUUGGAUACCACGGUUGCGUAUCGACAGACCGUGUUGAGGUGUAUUGAGUAUUUGAGGAGGUAUGGGUAUUCCGAUCAGCAGAUUUAUUUGUUGUUGAGUUGUGCGCCUGUGCAAGGGCAUAUUGCUGGUAUUGUUGAUAUCCCCAAUGCUUGCACUACUCUGGGUCUUCCUAUCGAUAUUUUUGACUUUGAUAUCAGACCGGAGGCUGCUAUUCAGAAGCUCGAUAUGGGAGCUUGUGCUGUUGCUUCAAAGUAA